AUAUUGGAGAGUACGAUCUCUCGUUGGCCGAUCCUACCUUCACGCACAUGGCCCUGUUCGAACUGCAUCGAAGAGGUAUUCUGAAGCACGUGCUCUCACAAAACUGCGAUGGAUUGCAUCUACGGUCUGGAUUGCCUCGGCAUUCACUCUCCGAGGUGCACGGUAACAUGUACGUGGAAGUGUGCAAGCAAUGCAAACCGAAUGUCGAGUAUUGGCGACUGUUCGAUACGACACAGUUCACCGCACGCCAUUAUCACAAAACGAAUCGCCGAUGUCGCCGCUGUGGUGGUCCGCUCAUCGAUACCAUUGUACACUUUGGCGAACGGGGCCAGCUAAAGUGGCCCCUGAACUGGGCGGGCGUUACACCGCAUACCGAGAAGACUGAUUUGAUUCUGUGCAUUGGCUCAAGCCUGAAGGUGCUGCGAAAGUAUACCUGGCUGUGGGCCACGGAUCGGCCGAUUAAGAAGCGGCCUAAAAUUUUCAUCGUCAAUCUGCAGUGGACUCCGAAGGAUAAAAUUUCGACUUUAAAGAUCAAUGGGCGUUGCGAUGAAGUGAUGAACAUGGUGAUGAAACACCUCAAUAUCGAGGUUCCGACGUAUAACCGUCUCAAAGAUCCCAUAUUUGCCCAUGCCACUCCUCUUUUGCCUGAAGAACAACACACGGCUUCCCAGCCAGCACUAAAGAAUGGUACUGCUAAAGAGGAACCCGUGUCGACCUGCGGCGAACCUUCAUCAUCGUCUGCAAGCAUUAAAAAAGAAUCCGAAAAGGAUGAUCCGAGCACGAUGGAGAUAAAAACGGAACCCUCGUUUGGUACACCAUCGCACGUCUCUCCUCAACAGUUGUAUUUAAACAAUUUACUACUCGCACAGCAGCAACAACUACAGGCUAGUUACAACUUGCUGCUAAAUUCCGUAAAACAAUCCGAACAGCAAGUGCGUCCUGUGUUGCCCCCCUUAGUUCCUUGUACACUCCCAACAGCAACAACACAAUCGACUGAUGCACAACCGAUAAAGGCAGAAACAAGUAAUGAUACACCGGAGAAACCUAAAACUAACGAGGAGACACCAAUGAAUGUAAUUAAAAUUGAUACGGCUUCGAGUUUGUUUGGCAAUUUGCGCCAAGUACUUGGUACUAUCAACCGUACAUCUACAAAUAUGACUUCAUCCUCGCCUGGAAUCGAUGGAAAGAGCAACUUUGUCGCGACACCAUCGACUGAUGCUGUUUUUCCACUACCGCUACUGCUUCAGUCUGGUGUUACAAUCGUACAAAAACCAUCUCCAUCAUCAGUUGGUGUAGCUGAUAAAGGACCAGAGUCAAAACCGGCAGUGCUUCCGGUGUGUAAUAAGAUACAACUUAUCGUGAAGCCGGUGAUUGUCAGCAAUCCUCCUAGCUUAGUGCCAAUCCAGCAUCGUACAGCCGUCACCAACAUUAAGCUCAACAGUGAUGCCCAUAGAAAGGCAGCUCUAUUGAAUACUGUAGAUCUUGACGAGAAACCAUUGGAAGAUCAUAAGGACAAUGAGAAUCAAGAAAAAGAAACAGACGAGAGAAACAGCGCAGCUGGUGGGAAUGAUAAAGGACAUGGAUCGACUGGUGAUGGCGAAAACGAGAAACAACAAGAAACAAAAAUGAAAGAAGAAAUUCAAUUGAUCACAGGAUCACCCGCAAAAGAAACAUCCAUUGAUUGUUCGGGAAAGGUCGGUGAAUCAAACGGAAACAAAGAUAUCGUGGAUGAGUUGGAGAUAGCCACUAAGGAAUCGCCAGAAGCGAUACUAGAACAACCAAACGUCAGUAUUGUUAGCAAUUCUUCGGAUUUGAGCGAAAAGAAAUCGAGUUUAGAAAACUGCAGCGGAUCUCAAAACGAAGAUAAACUCUUGCCUAUCGAACAACCCGAAAAAGAACAAAACGAAGGAAAGGAGCAGUUAUUAAGUGAUCAAGAACCGGUUGGAAUCACUACACCAACUGAAGUAUCCAAGCAAUUGAAUUCGGAAGCAACCGAACAGUCAGUCACAGGACAAGCGGUUUGUGCAGAGGAAAAUUGCUCGGCAACGAUCGCAUGCAGAAGUAACUCACCAGAUCGCACAGAUCCUACAAACAGAUGUACAAAUGAUAAGCUGCUGAGUAAGCCAGGCUUAGCUGAUACACAUUUUCCGUCUUUGACAGAAGAUUCUGACGAGGCAAAUGGUUGCGGUAAAAUACAAAAUGAGUUAACAUCUCCAAUCGUCCACGAGUUAUCCUCAGAGGAUGAAAAUCAGCUGGGUCCGUCGAUUGCAGGGGAGAAUGAAGUACCACAGAAAAGCAAAUGUUCCCUGGUCGCUGAACACUUGGUGGAGGAACAAGAGAAUUCUUUCCAUUCGGCUGAACUGGAAGAUGCUAAAAAUGAAAAGGUUGAACCCGCAGAUUGUCAACACAGUACCCCUGCAGAGAAGGAUGAUCAAUUAAUCACAUCGGGUGAAAAUGAUGUUUCUUUUAUUGCUGCUGAAAAGAGUUCGACGGCUAAAGAAGCAGAUAAAGAUGAAAAGGCAAAAAGUGACCCAGAGACGAGUGAACUGACGAUAGAAUCAUUCGAUAAUGAUAGUGUCAAUGUAGAUCGUAAUAAUGAAGGCUCAAUUUUAUGCCUUAAUGAAAGCAAUGUCCCUGAGCCAGCAGCUCACAAGCCUGAACAUACAUUGGAAGUUGCACCGAAAAAAGAAUGCGAUGAAAUUCAAAAUGAAAACAAAGUGAAUGAUUCGCACAUGCCGCUCAAAGAAACAAUGGAACUGGAUUCCAUCAAAGAAGCAGUGAAACCAUCAUCAUGUUCCAAUGGAUCUAAUCCUAAUCAGAUUUAUACAGAAACGCAUGAACCAACUGCCGAACCGCCCCAUCACAUCGACGAAGAACCAAUGAUCGACUUGGGAAGUGAAGAAUCCUGGCGUGAACAGUUGUGGCAAUUAAAGGAACCAAACGUUAACCCUGGUGAGUCAUGUGUGCAAGGUGCAGAAGAAGAAGCAAAGACGAAGGAAAACAUAAAGACUGAAGCUACCAGUGUGAUUGAAGAAGAUACGCCAACAGAGAUAAGUUCUAAUGACCGCAAUAAACACCAAACAUGUGACGGGAACGAGAAUGAUCCUGUAACUGACAAUGUUCCUGAAAUUGGUCCAGAUAUGACUAAUACCCAACACAACGUUUCUUUCGCUACACUAUCAGUCAUGGAAACGGUGGAUGUUUGCAAAGAACCCAGCCAACAAGAUAAGGUGCAUGAAAUUGCUAAACCACCCGUUGAAUCAGAUAUAAUUGUCAUAUCUGACGAUGAACCAGACGAUUUCACCUGCACUGCUGCACCACUGGUAUCCUAUAAGAACGUUACACAAACAACCAACCACCUGGGACAGGGUUCGGAAAAGGAAAAAUCCGGGCAAACCUUAAACUAUGUGGUGGAUGUCAGUAAUUUCAAACACAGUAUCAAAACCAUCAGCCCACUAAUCGGUUCUUUAAAAACAACUGAACAGCAGCAAUCCAAUGGUACUGACAAUGUCACUGCUCGUAGCUCAUCGAUAAAAGAAGUGCUAGGGGAGCUUAAGGAGGUCGACGUGAAAUUGUCACUAGAAACCGAUCGUAAGAUGAACCUGCUAAAUGAUAAGUCGACGAAAUCAGUAAAUCAUGGUGCUGGGAACUUGGUGUCAUCUGCAACAAUACCAGAUGGAUCUAAGCCUUCCAGUGCUAAUGAAACAUCAGCAGGCGCGAAAUCGGCAAAAGAUGGCUCCAAUGGUAAAUUGGUACAAACCAACAAUAAUCCGAAAAUGGUUAAAGUCGUACUGAGCAACAGCGUGUUGUUUGAGCUGUAUGAAGCAGCUCCCAAGUUCCCUGAACGAUGUCCACCAGCAUUAACAUUGAUCACUCCUAUCAAAUAUCACAUGCCACCACACGUGAUAGCAAAAAUGGCACCAAAGCCCAAUACGCUAUUGAACAUAAAAGGUGAAGCGAAACCCGAAAACAAACCUUCUAACGGAGUAUCGCCCAGUGGGUUGCCAAACGAAGGAUUAAAGCGUACCAAUCCCGUACAAGUGGUUUCUUCCGUAUCCAAUGGCGGCUUACCUGGUAUGCCCACAAUCAGCAAUACAGUACCGCUGGCCAGACCUUCCGUCGUUGGGGCGAGUAAUGGAUUGAAAGGUUUUCCGAUGACCGGAUCAAACACGAUGAAUCCAAACGUUCUCAACCCUCAGUUUAUGGCACAACCGAAUGGAGGGAUGGCAGCAUAUAUUAUCAAAAACAAUAGUUUCAUCCCCACGAAUGCUCUAUAUCCAAACCUGUUGGGACUUCCUCCUGGGUUUGCCACAAAUCUAGUCUUUCUCACGAGUCCUCCGAAGCAAAAACCCACCACAAGAGAUGGAGGAUCAACACUACUGGAGACACCUCCUUCGGACAUGCUCGCGCCGGGUUUGCAAAUGCCAGCAUCCCCUACUACUCCGGCAAAAACAUUUCGAGUAACCUCCGAUGAUCAGACGGAAGAUGACGAUGAGGGUAAUAGUAGAAUGCGACGAUCGAAACGCUUGGCAACGGCACGCAUCAACAAGCAACUUGCGACUCCCGAAAAAACGGAUUCUGAGAGCGAUUCAACAUCCGACCAAUCAUCACCUCCUCGCUCGCGGAGAGCUUCUACUCGCCGCUCCAAUGAUACGGCGGACGAAAGUGAUGAAACUUUCGAAGCCAGUGGACCGACUGGGGAAGGACGUUCGCGUAGUUUCCGCAUUCGUCGGAAGCCAGAGUUUCUAAACAUCAAACAUCCCGUAAAGAAGAAGAAACGUGCGAACGAAACGUUGGAGAAGGAUCCCGUCGCAUCAAGCAGACGGACUUCUACAAGCAGACAAUCGGCAAACAGAGCUGUAAGGAACAGGACAGCUUCCUCUGAGAAACAGCAGCAACAACAACAGCAACUUCAACAGCAGCAGCCGUCGGGAGGAUUCGCCGGGAUGGCAGGAGGAACCGUUCCGUCCAAUCGAAUAUUCACCAUUUCUUCUCCGAUCAGCUGCUUUCCAGCAUCAAUUAUUGCUUCGAUGGGCGAUGGCGCGUCAAACUCAGUCAUGUCCCAGCAAGAGAAAUACCAACGUAUUCUGUCGUACUGCAAGGCCAUGCAGCAGCAGCAACAGCAGCAACAGCAAUCGGCUAGCGGCUCCACGUUACCGCAGUGGUAUGACGUCAACUACGCCUACUCCGGUCUGCAUAGCAUCAUUCAUCCGCCGCCACCGAACGUUACCUUAUGGGGUGGGUCACCAAAAUUGGUCCAGCACCAUCAGCACCAGCAGCCGCCUCCGAUUGAGUGUAAGUUCUGCUUCGAAAACUACUCACAGUACACCUGCCAGUUCUAUAUGCCCCAACCGGCCAAGUUCAGCAUGAAAUCGUUCCGCCGUGGUAAGGAAAUUGUCUGCAUGUGCUGCGAUUUCUCGGAUGAUGAAAAUGAAAAACUCAACAUCAAUCCAUCCAAGCUGGAUCUGAAUGAAAAGCCUGCCAUUGCUUCGUCAUCGAGCCAAGCCGAUGGAGCCGUGAGCGAGCGGAACGAGGUAGAAGCAGGAAACCCGCGAAAACCGAAGAUGGAAAAAGAGUUAGAGCAAGAUAAAGAUGAGGGUAAAGAGAUGAUUCAAACGGGACCAUCCGUUCCUAAACGGGCCAAGUGUGAAGGGGAUGUUAAUCCGAGAAACUGUUCAACCGGAUCCACGGGCAAUGGGACGGUCACUAAACCGAAAGUCAAACCGGGUUGGUAUGGUAAGGGUUACCGGAAGCACCUACGCCGUAAGAAGCGAGCUAGCCUAGGCUAGGCCGCCAUAAUAUGCGAGGGAUAUGUUUCAAUGGUGCCUUUUGGUUUUGCGUGCGUAUUGAGCAUCAAUUUCAAUUCCUUCAAUCAAUUUCAACCCCUUGCUCACCUGAUUCUUUCGAUUUUUCCCUUUUGCAUUUUGUAUCGAAUCGAGAUUGUGUGUGCGUGUUAAUGUGUACUCUCGAGGGUACUGCUUUCAAUCGGUUUUCCUGUCCUCCCUUAGUUACAUAAGUAUCACACUAAUUUUUCCUGAUUGAACGUAUGCGAGUUAAGCAUGCUCCCCAUGCCAUAUCUAGAAUGGUGCGGAGCAGCGUUGUACAAAGUAGCAUCUAAGCCGACUCCGAUUAUGAAUCAGCCAUAGCAGACCGUGGAUGUGAUGGCAACGACUCGCUCGAUUGAUAUCGACCCAUCGCAGUAGCAAACAUGCACAUGUUGCUAUGGUGUCCGGUUUUUAUUUUAUUCUCUGCCUACCUUUGGGCAGCAAAUCACACGAAAGAUCUCAUUGUUCGCUUUGCAAAAUGCUUGCUAGACACUAUUUAUUACUUUUCCACCAAUAUCUUCCCUGUGGAAUGCUAAACUAUCUUCAUCGCUAACUGUAUCUGUGUGUGAACCAGCGGAGGAAGUAUAUACUUUUCAGCCGACCAAAUGGGAAAUUACCAAUCCAUUUUGACCCUUUUUCCCAAAUUGCUCUGCUUUCACAUCCAUCCGGAGAGUGGAAGCAAUGUGAAAGUUUUCUUUUCUUACUCAUUUUUCCUCUACUUGCCGAAAAAAUGAUUCAUUUCGGAGCUUAACUGUACAUACGUGUCGCAUUUAUAAGAUAAGAGAAAUGUAGAAAUGUAAGAUUUGGGUGGUGUUUCGGUCGCCAAGAGUUUUCUUGUUUUCAUGAGCCGGUAUUAAUUUUUGAUCAAAUGGGUGUGUUGCGGAAACAUCAGAUGACGACGACACAGAGUAAAGGCAGUUCUAUGCAGUGCUAUUAAUAAAGAAAAGAAAUCAACAUUGAGUGCAACUUA